CGAUGACCAAUUAAGUAACAACCUACCAAGUGAUAAUACUGCUGCUGAUGAUAUAAUUGCUAGAUCUAAUUGCUUUUACAUUGUUAGUGACAAAGAGAACAUAAAUAAUGAGGAGAAGAUUAAUGAAGAGGAUGAAGAGGAUAUUAACAAAGAGGAUGUAAGAGAUAUUAAUGAAAAGGAUGAAGAGAAUAUUAAUGAAGAGGAGGAUGAGGAUAUUAAUAGAGAAACAUCUAAUAUUAGAUCAAAAAAAAUUUUUACAGAAGAUCCUAUCUAUAAGCUUUUCUAG